AGUGGGUUGAGGCGUUUAUGUUACCAGUCACUCAAAAAUGUGUCAGUCACAUAUAACUAUUCAAAACGUACUCAAGAGCAAUGAUUUUGUGRGAGAAGUUGCMGUAAUCUCCUCCGUACUUGUGCAUGAUACAACGUUCGAUUUUCUGCGCUGUAGCAAAGAAUCGCGAGAACGAGGCUCUUCACAGGUGCUGGAAUCAAGAUGGCGGACACUGUUGGGUUAGAGAGUGCUUUGGGUAUUAUUGCAGUUUCUGUGUUCCUAGGAGCUCUAGGAUUGGCUGCAUUUGUGUUCUUUAGCUUAAGGAAAAAUUCUCAAAAUUCCUCUGAGGAAGAAAAAUCUAAAGAACUCAGCGACAGUGUAAAUCAUAAGGAUAAAAACGGACAAAAAAAGAUAAAACCGCGGACGUCUUCUAAGAAAAAGACCAGCAAUGUCGUACAGAAUCAUAGAAGACAGUUUUCCCUCCUCAAAGGACAUACAGACCAUGUAUUUGAUCUGGAUUUCAGUCAAAAUGGGAAAUAUUUAGCGUCUGCGGCUCAAGAUAGAACAGUAAGACUAUGGAGUGUAAAAGACUUCAAAGAAAAAGAGCACAAAUAUAUACGGGCAAAUGUGGAUUUUGAUCAUGCAACUAAAGUCAAUUUCAGUCCUGAUUCAAGUGAAGAUAUAAGACAACCUCAAAAACCUCUCAGAUUCAGAGCAUUCAUCACUGCAUUGGCCAAUGGGAAUACAAUAAGAGUAUUUAAAACAAGUAAAAAGAAGGAUGGCAGUGGGACGGCAGUCACUGGUGAAUUUGAUUUCCCRGUCAGGCAUAAAACAGAGAUUAUUAAUAUUGCUAUAGCUGCAAAUGGAAAGUACAUCAUGUCAUGUUCUAGAGACACAACCAUUAUUCUUUGGGAUCUGAAAGGUGAAGUUCUAGCAACACUUGACACCCUUCAAAUGCAAAACACAUUUUGUAGUCUAUCACCUUGUGGUAAAUUUGUUGCKUCAGCAGGAUUCACACCUGAUGUCAAGCUUUGGGAAGUUGAAUUUGAUAAAUCAGAUGGUUUCAGAAAGGUAUCCCGGGCAAUGGAACUGAAAGGGCACACUGCUGGUGUUUACCACUUUACAUUUUCAUCUGAUUCAACGAGGAUGGCUACUGUCUCAAAAGAUGGUACAUGGAGAGUGUGGGACAUUGAUGUCGAAUACAUCAAGAAGGAAGACCCUCAUUUGUUAUUGACUGGAAUYUAUGAUGCGUCAUGUAAUGUCUUUGAUAACAUGCUGAUUGCCAUGUCUCCUGACGCAUAUGUCACGGCUAUUUCAAUGGGACGAUCUCUGGCUUUGUUUAACACUGAAAAUGGAAACCUUGAAGAAUUCCUUGAAGACGUUCACGGRGAUAACAUAACCGCUAUUGCAUGGCACCCCUCUUCACGUUACCUAGCAACUGCUGGAGGCAAUGACCGACAGAUAAGGGUGUGGCACAAUGCUGUUGGAAUCAAAGUUGAAAUCGAUGACCUUGAAGGACGAUUGAUGCGUGCAAAAAGCGAUACUAUUAGGGGUCGUCUUGAGCAGCAAAUCUUAGAAGCAAGGGCUUCAUUGGAUAAACUAAAUGUGUAAUUAUUGACCAAGAAAGUCUUGGAGGAAAUUCUCAAAUCCUAUUAAGUUUGCUGUACCUACUCAAUUGCGUGAAAGAUAUUGCGCACCUUUCAUACUUUGCAGAGAACAAAAGGCAGCAUGUCAUCGGUGUCAUCAGUUCCAUCUAAUCUCAUCGAGGCCUCGUCAUUCGGAUGAGAUUUUUUUGUGUCGUAGUGUUGUUCGUUGUUAGAGUGGUUUUUAUCGAACAGUGAAAAAGUGAUUUUCUAAUGACUUAAUAUGUUUAGAGUGAAGUACUUAAACAAAAUUUGAYCAUUUAAAUAUGGUAGCCAAGUAGAACGAAAAGGAAACAAGGUAUGUAGAGUGUGAAUAUAUUGUCGUUUAGAAAAUCGCAAAUAAAACAAUUUAUAACGUUGAAGCAUUUAGAGCGUAUUAUAGUGUAUUUAGWUUAAUAUCUAUUUCACGGUUUUUUGGCUUCACUCUAAUUUAGUGAAAACCACUUUUCUGUCCGURUUACAAUAGUUUUUACCAUUAUCCAUGUUUUUAGUUACCCUGAUAGAGUGAAGUMAAAAAAMCCGUGAAAUAGGUAUUAAAYCGAUACACCUCUAAUUGCGCUCUAAUUGCACUGUUUUCUUUUGUGUAUAUUUGACUAUCACACUUUAAUAGUCAAGUYUUGUUUCAUGGUCUUAUGACUUCACUCUAAAGUCUCUUUACUAGUCAGUGUUUGUAAAGAUUGUACAUGUUUGUUUUGUAAUUGCAUGUUGUUGAAAAAUUUUAAAUUGCAAAUUUUAGAAUACGAAAAAGUGUAUCAAUUUAUAAAUGACAUAUAUUACAAAACAUUUUAUUUAUAAUGAUAAAGAAUUGCAGCAUUUCAAUAAAAUCUGAAAAUCA